UAUGACAAACUUCCGUCAUAUUACCAUAACGAAACCAAGUGAAGUAGGCAAAAUUUCUUCAGUCAGCAUCUUGACGUUACGACAGACCUUAGAAACACUAAACUUUUGCGCAAAGUAUUGUUUUGAAAAUUACAUUUAUUGAUCGCGCGAUGUCCACAAGGCAGGCUGCAAGAUCACGAAAUUUAAAAGGAAAAGAAGCUCUGUUGGAAUGGUGUAAACAACAAACCUACAGUUACAAAGGCGUCAGAGUGAUUAAUUUAACUUCUUCGUGGAGGGAUGGCUUGGCUUUUUGCGCGCUCCUACACAAAUACGAUCCUGAACUGAUCAAAUUUGACGAACUCUCUAAGGAAGACGCCUUGAAAAACAAUGAAUUGGCUUUCAAAGUGGCCGAGGAAAAACUCAAAGUUCCAGCUCUUUUGGAAGCGAGUGACCUGGUAUCAAUGGAAGAGAUCGACGAGUUGAGCGUGAUGACGUAUCUGUCCAUGCUGUACAAGCGAAUUAAAAAAAAUUCCGCGCCUGCCCCCAGAAUUCCCGCUGCUAAUUCCGCUACAGGCCCAACGAGGAGAACCCUUUUUGACGUCUUGAAAGAUGAGAACAACUUCACUGAGCGUUUUGACAAACGGAAAAACCGUCUCAGUUCCGGAGAAAAAGACAACUUCUUUAAAAAAUCAGUGCCAAAGGAAACUACCUUAAGAGAACUGCAACGGGAAAACCACGUCUAAAUUGUGGAUAAAUAAUGUCUCCCUUUAUCAGACAGGUAGACAUUUCAAAACAUUCAAAUUUAUCUUUCGCUUUAGUUUGUGUCGAAAUGACUAAAGUUGUAUCGAAACGACAGACUUGUCGAUGUAUCGAAACAACCAGACUUCGAUUUAACGGUGCAGAGUUAUAGUGCUUUUAUUUUGAUCAUCUUUUGACGGAAGAUCUUACGUAUGGUAUUAGCUUGAUCAUGAAAAAGUGAUAGUAAAAGAAAAAAUCUUGUCAUCAUUCACUCAGCAUUUCAGCUCAUGAGUUAUCUUUAUUACAAUUUUCAUUGUAUGCAGACAGAGGCUUUACCCCUUUACUCCCAUUUCUCCUUACUGAUUUGCAUACAAUUCUAAUGAUGUUAGUUCAGAGAAUCUGGUAUUGGAUCAACUAAUAAUCCAUUAGUUGGCAUUUUU